GUUUUGACCCCCUUCACAUUUCAAAAGCCAUGACAAAACUUAUUUUAGAACUUCAAUACAAACUUUACUUAAAUCUGAUUCCUCCUAAAUAUUUGAGCAUGUUGUACUAAUAACGACCUGGGUUUCCCCAGAUUUUGUCCGAUUCCCAUAUCCAACAACGAAUCCCCGUUGCAUUUUCAAAUAAAGCCGUUUCCUUUGUGCUUCAUUCCAUCGUCCGGCAGGCGGAAAUCUAGCUGUAGACAAGUAUGAGUAUAAAACCAACCGUUGCAUUGAGAGCCAUCCUCAUCGGAGGAAUAGCUGCUUUUGCAAAAAUUGGUGGUGCUGUUAAAGCUGCAGGAGGUGUAAAAUUAGGUGCAGCUGCCGCUGCCAUGACUGCUGCUGCAACAGCAGCCGUAUCAGGAUCAAAAAAGGAAGAAAAGUAGGAUGGUUCUCAGCAGUUGGCACCCAAGUGAUGCCCACAGCUCAUUUGUUUUAUCCUCCCCCCCCCCCCCCCCCCCCCACCUCCAAUGUAACUUCUAAACUGUCAAAAUAAAAGUUGGUAGGGUGGUGGAAUACGCCAGUCAAAUGGUUUCCCAAGAUGAUAUUUAAUAGCUGAGAUAUACAGGUCCUUACAACCGUUGGACUCGUUAGAUCUGUACUAAUGGAUGUAGGAAUUUUGUUGGAAGUGAAAAAUCAUCACUCAGUUCCUGUGCCUAGAUGCAGUCUGUUUGCUCUCCACCAUCUGAGGUAUGUUAUUGUUUUUGUACCGGUAAAGGAUGUAUUACUGCUUCUGUGCUCCUUUCAAAAGCAAAAUUUAUGUUUUUGUGGGGUUUUACAACA